AUGUUUAAAUCAAGUCGAAAUAGUCUACAUUGUUGUCUCAAACAAAUACGAUCUAUACAUACAUUACCAAAAUUACCAAAUCAUGAAAUAUGGUCAAAAGAAGGAAUAAAAGGUUUAUUAUCACCAGAAGGUUAUAAUUUAGCAUGGACAGAUUAUCAAACUUAUUUAUUAACAAAAUUAACAUUAUUAACAAAUGGUACAGCAAAUGAAACUAAAACUCCGUAUGAAAUAUUAUUAAAUACAGCAAAACAAACAACUCAACAACAUACUUUCCAUUAUGCAUCAAUGUCACAUAUGAAUCAUUUUUUUUUUCAACAAUUAAUUGAUAAACCAACAGAAGAUUCUACAACAAAAACAAAACCUUCAAGAUUUUUAAUGGAAAAAUUAAUGAAUAUAGAUAUAUUAGAUUUAAAUCAAUUAAGAAAUAAAAUUUUAACAAUGGCUGAAAAUUCAAAUGGUCAAGGUUGGAUAUAUUUAAUUGAAGAUAAAAAUAAAAAUUUAAGUUUUUUACAAAGUUUUAAUGAUGGUAUACCUUUUUAUUUUGGUAAAAGACAACAAUUUGAUUUAAAUGGAGGAAUUGAUGAAUUAACUUUUAAUGGAUUAAAUAAAUUAGAAAAAAGAGCUCAGAAGAAGGCUGGUCAGCAGUUAAAAGAUAAUGAUGAUGAUGAAAAAUAUUUACCAAUUUUAGCUAUAAAUUAUUGGGAUUAUAUGUAUAUUAAAGAUUAUGGAAUUACUGGUAAAUCAGAAUAUUUAAAUAAUUUAUGGGAUAAUUUAAAUUGGGAUGUUAUAAAUAAAAGAUUAUUUCAAAUAUAA